UUCAAAUGCAUAGCUGUUUAGUUAACUUUGUAUUAAUCACACCGGAAACAUUUUCGUCGCCAUGGCAGCAUCCUCUAACCCCACGGUCAAUGAACAACCACCGCAACAUCAGGUGUUCAUCAAUUUCCGAGGGGCCGAUUUGCGCAGGAGAUUCGUCAGCCAUCUAGUCACUGCCUUGAAACAGAACAACAUUAACGUCUUUAUCGACGACUACGAAGACAGAGGUCAACCUCUGGAAACAUUAAUGCUGAGAAUAGAGGAGUCCAAAAUCGCCCUGGCUAUCUUCUCCUGGAAGUAUACCGACUCAGUCUGGUGCGUCAGAGAGCUGGCGAAGAUCAAGGCCUGUACGGACGAAGGAACACUAGUGGCUAUUCCCAUCUUCUACAAGCUGGAGCCAUCCACCGUGAGAGAUUUGAAGGAAAGUUUUGGUGAUAGAUUCAGGAGUCUAGCUAAGGGUGAUGAUAGGAAGAAGGAGUGGGAGGAAGCUUUUAGUUCGAUUUCUAAUAUAAUGGGCAUCACCAUUGACAAGAAAAGUGUGGAGAGCAAUAAAGUCAUCGAAAUUGUGAAGGCGGUUAAGACAGUGCUGAACAACGUUUCAUCAGAGGGAAGCAGGAGUGUCUCCGUGAAUCCUUCGGAAAAUAUCAAUGCAGGGACUUCCUCAGGAGGCGAGAAGCAUAAGACUUUUGGAAUGGACAAACGCCUGAAGGAGUUGGAAGAGAAGUUGGAUCGUGACAAGUACGAGGGAACUCGUGUCAUUGGAGUUGUUGGGAUGCCGGGAAUCGGCAAAACCACACUCCUUAAAGCGCUUUAUAAGACGUGGCAGCGCAGGUUUUCGAGGUACGUAUUACUCGAUAAAAUCCAUGAAAAGAUCAAGCACGUGGAGGAGUUGGAAUGCUUGCCUAAUAUGCUUGUAGCGGAGCUAUUCAAGUCGAACAAUACGCACAUAGACCAUGUCAAAGAUCCUUACAGUCAACUGCAAGAACGCAAAGUUCUUGUCGUUCUUGAUGAUGUUACUAAAAAGGAACAUAUAGAUGCUCUGCGUGGGAUGGUUCAGUGGAUUAAGGAGGGUAUUGAGGGAAGCAGGGUUGUCAUUGCUACAAGUGACAUGUCCUUGAUAAAUGAUUUGGUUGAUGAUACUUACAUGGUCCAAAAUUUGAACCACAAAGAUAGCUCACAACUCUUUCACUAUCAUGCCUUUGGUGAUGAUCAAGGCUAUCCUCCCAAUGAAGAUUUCAUGAAGUUGUCAGAAAAGUUUGUACACUAUGCAAGAGGUCAUCCACGAGCUCUCAAAAUGUUGGGUGUAGAGCUUUACAAGAAAAAAAUGGAUCACUGGAGAUCGAAACUGAAGAUACUCGCAGAAAGUCACAGUCCCACUAAGAUUGGAAGUGUCUUCAAAGUGAGUUAUGAUGAGUUGUGCUCUGAGCAGAAAGAUGCAUUUCUUGACAUAGCCUGUUUUAGAUCUGAGGAGGUGGGUUAUGUAGAGAGUUUACUAGCUUCAUCAGACCCCAGAUCUGCUGAAGCGAUGAGUCCAGUAAAAGCUCUCACAAACAAGUUCCUGAUUACCACUUGCGACGGCCUAGUGGGGAUGCAUGAUCUACUGUAUACUUAUUCAAGGGAACUUGAUUAUAACGCAUGCACUCAGUAUGGUAGCAGACAACGGAGGCUGUGGCUCCAUCAAGACAUGGUUAAUGGAUGCAUAACUAACUUGCUGCAGAGAACAAUGGGAGCUGUCAAUGUGAGAGGUAUUUUCCUGGACUUGUGUGAAGUGAAAGGCGAGAUGAGCUUGGACAAAGAUUACUUCAUGAAGAUGGGUAAUCUCCGGUAUCUCAAGUUCUACAAUUCUCACUGUCCUCAGGAAUGUGAAACAAACAAUAAGAUAAACAUCCCUGAUGGACUUAAGUUACCACUGAAAGAGAUCCGAUGCUUCCACUGGCUAAAAUUUCCAUUGGAGGAACUUCCAAAUGAUUUCAACCCCAUUAAUCUUGUUGAUCUUAAGUUGCCUUAUAGUGAGAUUCAACGACUUUGGGAGGAUGAUAAGGAUGUACCAUCCUUAAAGUGGGUCGAUCUCAAUCACUCAAGUAAGUUGUGCAGCUUGUCAGAGUUAUCAAAGGCUCAAAAUCUUCAGAGAUUGAACCUUGAAGGCUGCACAGCACUGAAACUGUUGCCAAGUGAUAUACAAUACAUGAGAAAGCUUGCGUUCUUGAAUCUGAAAGGGUGCACGAGUCUUGAAUCUCUUCCUGAGAUGAAUUUAAUUUCUCUGAAAACUCUUACUCUAAGCGGCUGCUCAAAUUUUAAGGAGUUUCCUCUAGUUUCAGAAAAUAUUGAAACUCUAUACUUAGAUGGCACAGCAAUAAGUGAGCUUCCUACGAACUUUGAGAAGCUCCAGAGACUUGUUGUAUUGAAUAUGAAGAACUGCGAAAUGCUGAAGGAAAUCCCAGACCGGGUUGGUGAGCUGAAAGCCCUUCAAGAACUGAUACUCUCUGAUUGCUUAAAUCUCAAGUAUUUUCCAGAAGUCAAGAUGAGCUCUUUACACAUUUUGCUUUUGGAUGGGACAGCCAUAGAAGUGAUGCCACAAUUAUCCUCAGUGCAUUACUUGUGCUUAAGCAGAAACGACAAGAUCACCUGUCUUCCUGCUGGUAUCUGUAAACUAUUUCAACUAAAGUGGCUGGAUUUGAAGUACUGUACGAGUCUUGCAUCUGUUCCAGAGUUGCCACCAAAUCUUCAGUGCUUAGAUGCACAUGGGUGUAGUUCGCUAAAGACAGUUUCGAAGCCUCUGGCCCGUAUCAUGCCAACGGAGCAGAAUCAUUCCACAUUCAUUUUCACCAACUGUAAGAACCUGGAACAAGCUGCAAAGGAAGAAAUCAGCUCGUAUGCUCAAAGGAAAUGUCAGCUGCUGUCAUAUGCUCGUACACGCUACAAUGGGGGUCUUGUUUCAGAGGCUUUGUUCAGCACUUCCUUUCCUGGAUGCGAAGUGCCUUCAUGGUUUUGUUAUGAAACAGUUGGAUCCGAGCUAGAAGUAAAACUCCUUCCACAUUGGCAUGACAAGAGGCUGGCUGGAAUAGCUCUAUGUGCUGUAGUGUCAUUUGGCGACUGCCAUGAUCAAAUCAGCCGCUUGUCAGUGACAUGCAACUUUAAAGUAAAAGUUGAAGACGAGUCUUGGAUCCCAUUUACUUGCCCAGUAGGAAGUUGGACCAGGCAGGGAGACAAGAUUGAAUCAGAGCAUGUCUUUAUUGGCUACACCAGAUAAAUUUACUGAUAAAUGCAGUUCUACUGACGCAUCCCUUGAAUUUACUGUGGCAGGUGGUACAAAUGAGAAGGGUGAAUUCACGGUGUUGAAGUGUGGUUUAGGUUUGGUGUAUGCCAAGGAUAAAAGCAAAAACAGUUCUCAUGAAGCAAAGUACGAUAUGCCUGUAGAAAAAAGGGUUGCUGAUGGACGGCCAAAGAACAAUCAAAAAUCAAGAAUGGAUAAUAAUGAUAUCCCAUGUCAAUCCAACAGGGAUGCAAAUGCUAGUGUAACUCCAAUUAAGAGAUAUACUUCAGGUGUCAGGCACACGGUUGAGAAGGGUACAAAUGACAUUGGCGAAUCUUAUCGUUCUCUGAACCCUUUGCAUCUUCAGAGUAAGCAGAUCAAAAGCAAAAAGGGAUACCGAAGAUAAGGACCAGAGCUUACCCAGAUUCAGUGACCUGUCAGCCGUCAUUUUAUCCUGCUUUGGAGUUGUGUUCACGAAAGCCUGUCAAGUUAGUACAAAGGUUAUGCUGCUGUUUCUUGUUCAAGUUCAUUUCUGGUUAUUGGUUCGAUAUAUUUUCGGGUGUUUGUGACCCUACUAUUUAAGCACUCUGUAAAACUCUUUUGAAGAUUGAAUGAAAAAAUC